GCGAACGACUCCCACAAUGCACUCCCAGAUCAGCGGGAAACCAAAAUGGCGAAUGUAUUAGGGGAAAAUGACCCGUUUGUUAUUUUCUAAAAAACCUUGGUAGUGUGUCAUAUUAAGAGAGGUGCAUUUCAAAGAGAUUUAACGCUACUCGGACACGAGGCCAAGCACCGAUUACGACCGAGUAUUUCAAUAUAUGUGGCAUUUUGACCCUCCGAACUGACCGAAUGAGAGAUGCUCUCAUGAGACUCAACAGAAUUAGAGCAUUUGCCGGUCCACCAGCGGAAAGCAAAUUCCCAUCGGCAGCACAAGACGCCAGUGUCCCUGACCAGCGUCGAACCUGCCGAGGAUGGACAUGGAGGGAACAUGGACACCAACCUCAGCGACAAGUUUAAAGAGGGGCAAGAGGUCCUAGCCCGAUGGUCGGAUGGCCUGUUUUAUUUGGGGAUUAUCACUAAGAUAAAUAAGGGGAAGCAGCGCUGUUUUGUUGUCUUUGAAGAUCGUUCGAAGUCCUGGGUCCUGUGGAAGGACAUUCAGACAGGGGACGAGGGAGGGGAGGACAUGGUCUGCACAAUAUGCCAGGACGAGUGCUCCGAGGAGCCAAACGAGAUUGUCAUCUGCGACAAGUGUGGACAAGGAUAUCACCAGCUCUGCCACUCCCCCGUCAUCGACUCCAGUCUGAUCGACACCGACGAGAAGUGGCUCUGUGGGGAGUGUGUGUUGGCCACAACAGCAAAUAAGGACGCGCUGAAGGGUCCCAGAGCCCAGCAGGAGAUGAACCACUCUUUGCCUUAUGCCCUGGAGUACCUGGUGUGGGACCAGGGCCACAAAACCAACAGCCAGCAAUGCUACUGCUACUGUGGAGGACCUGGAGACUGGUACCUGAAGAUGCUGCAGUGCAACAGGUGUAAGCAGUGGUUCCACGAGGCAUGUAUCCAGUGUUUUAAGACACCCAUGCUCUAUGGAGACAGGUUCUAUCUAUUUAUUUGUUCAGUUUGCAAUAGUGGACCGGAGUACCUCAAACGACUGCCUCUUAGAUGGGUGGACGUUGCACACCUGAGCCUCUACAAUCUGAGUGUGAUUCACAAGAAGAAGUACUUUGAUUCCGAGCUGGAGCUGAUGACUUACAUCAACGACAACUGGGAUCAACUACAGCUCCGGGAGCUUUCAGCUACUCCUCAGUCGGACCGAUAUGAAAGUAUUCUGGAAGCACUGAAUAGCAACCACAGCAUGUUCAUGUCGGGGAAGGAGAUUAAGAAGAAGAAGCACCUCUUUGGGCUGAGGAUCCGUUUUCCUCCGGGUCCCCAGAGCUCUGAGGUGCUGGCCGACAGAGGGGAGCCAGAGAGGGCCUCCAAUGAGAUCAAAAUCAAAGGCAGGAAGGCUAUCCAACCGCUGACCAACACCAGUGAAUUAACCAAUGGCGUGGUGAAGAAAGCCAAGAAGAGGAAGAAGCAGGGAGGUCACUCGCUGGAGACUCUGGCCAAGCUAAGGCGCUCCAGUGAACUUUUGGCGCAGGAUGUGACGCCACCACAAUUGCUUGAUUCCCACUCGUUGGAUCUCUUAGCCUCUAGCAGCAGGACCGACAGAUCUCUGCCAUCCUCCAGUACCUCGGACGUGGACUCCGUCGGUGCCGUCAGCACCACUGAAACUACCUCAACUAACCUCUCCAGGCAGUCCAGCCUGUGCAUCUCCAGUAAGACGCGCACGGGCCGCAACUGGCCCAUUGCCAAGCCCCCCCUGAAGAGAAGACGGGGCCGGCCACGACGGGUCCCCCUGCUGCCCCCCAACCAUGCGAUUCCCCCUCAACACCCAGGCCCCCAUGCCCCAGAGCCCCAAAACACCUUGCCGGGGCUCCACUCCACGGAUAUAGUGCACGGCCUGGGCCCAGGCGGCCAGUUGUCCCACCUCAAGAGCUCAAUCAGCAGCUACUUUGGGGCGGCAGGCCGCCUGGAGUGCGGGGAGAAGUAUCGCGUCCUGGCCCGCCGGGUCACCCUGGAUGGCAAGGUCCAGUACCUGGUAGAAUGGGAGGGCGUCACUGCCUCCUGAACGUCUCGCAGCGCUUACGUAGUUUAUUACGUGUUUACACAGCGCUUAUAAAGCAUUAUACAACGAGCGGGUCUAAUCCUGAAUGUUGAUUGGUUAAAACCGCAUUCCUGCCAGUGUCUAUUCCGCAAGUUACCACCAGCUAAAUCUAUGUUAAAAUGCCUAUUUACUCAGUUCCAUCUGACUGCGCAAUCCACUGUCUCUUCAGCCCAGCCAAGCGAUUUAUAAACAAGGUCUCCACUAUAAAAAGCAUCUAGAUAUUAUCUAACUUUUCUUUUAGACUAACGUUUAGUUUUCAACAGUGUAGAUUUGAUUCGAUCACCAGCUGUCGCAUAGUAAUGAACGUGUCAAGAAUUGGGAUGAGACAGGCAGGCAGCUUUUCUCAGUCGGUCGAAAUCAUGAAUCCGCAUCAUUUUUAUCGAUAUAUACGAAGAGAUAUCAAUAGAAAACAGGUCAAAUGAAACUAGGUGCAGCUAGUUUGCAGUCAGUUUGAAGUUAUUGUGUUCGCUGUGUUGUUGGCUAGCUCCUCUGAACAACAGUGUCCUGACAAGAGAGCACAUUUUCAACGGCAGGUGAAAUCUAGCAAUCAAGUAAGGGAUAAGAAUGUUACCAGCCAGUAUGAUAAUAAAACAUUUAGAACGAACGACUGGGUCGUGUCCAUAGAUUCAGAACUAAAUGUAAUGACUGCCAACCAAACCAAUGAUGACCAGCCGGCUUGGGUAGCAACCCUAGAUUUGCGUCGGGACUAUAUCUUGUGGAAGGAUGAAAUGGUAUGAAUAAAUUCAUAAAAGUAAUGUUAAUGAAAAUAUGUAAAUCGUCAUUUUUAAUAUGUUAACCUGUUGCAUAAAAGUGAUAAUGCCCUCGAAGCCAGAGUUCGGAGGAUGUAUUGGCACCGUUUGCCAGCCCUUGACUUUGUCUCGGGCCUAACACUCGUGCCAAUAUAUCCUCCAAAAAAACUGGCUUCACGGCCAUUAUCACUUUUAACCCUCGCCUUCUGAGAACGGGCCUCCGUGUUGCCCGGUCAGGGAGGGAGCUUGAGUUUCCCUAUUUUAGUUUUUCCUUUUCGUCCAGUGAUAUGCUCUUUUCUGUGACCCGUUGACUUCAGUGUUUCAGAUCUGCUUAGAUUUUGUGAACUGAAGGGGGUGAGAGACCAGUUUAGGCAGAAUGUAAAAGGGUUAGAUAGGGGGGGUUUGAAUGGUGUUUGGGUGCCUUGGCGCCUGACCUGGUGUGUCAAGUGUGCCUGUUUGCAAGUAGUUGAUGUUUGAGAGGGACUCAACGACAGAGAUUUGUGCUGCUGCAAACCAGUUUUAUUAUGUCUAUUUACUUUUCUACUUGUAUUUACUCAUGUCAGUGUCCAGUACAUUUAUUUUUUUCCCUUUUUUUUUACAAUUUGGAUUUGAUUGCACAUCAAGUUCAGCCUGUUGUACCGUACAACCAUUCUCCUAAACACGUGAUAGGCGAUCUUAUCAAAUCCACAGAGGCGGAGAUGCGCGUUGUCUCCUUUCCCUCUCUCAGCUGAAAGCGUGUAACCUCUAGCUCGAACCUCUGCUUCAUGUUCUGCAAAUCAUCUCACUAUGAACAGUGUUUAUUUUCACUGUGUUAUAGUUCAAGUGUCCAGAUUUACUUACAGGGGUCAAAUGCUUUUUUCCCCCCCCCCCGAACACACGAUUCAUGAUUAAAAGGAGGUGAAUUUGCUUUGAGGGCUGAGCUUGUGAGAAGGAAUGUUAAGAGUGAGUUCAAGUGUAAAGCGGUAACUUAGUUGGACUAAAGGUCUUCGUGUUAUUACAUUUGAAAGGUUGUGUAAUGUACCUACAUGUGUUCUAUAUGUUCUGAAGAUCUAAAUCGUUGCUGUAUUUUGCAUACGCAAUCUACCCUUUACAUUUUAUAAACGCCUCAACUAGGACUUUGUUCCUUCAUUUCUGUCGGGCUGCUGUUGUAUUUUAUGACAUUGAUAAGUUCGUUAGAACACUGACUACAAAAAGCUCUUGGACCUUGUACUUUUAAAAAACUGAAUUCAGUUCUCAUAGCCGCCUAUGCAACUCGACCCUAAAAAAAUGGUUGCUUUUGUAUUUCAAUCAAUUAACGGCAACAACAAUAUUUUUUGCUUAAGUCAGGCUUUGAUUUUAUUUCAGGUGCUAUUUAUUUCACUUUCUCCUCAACGGUGCACUUAGACUUCUGCUGGUACAGCCAAGCUCACCUAGAACCCACUCAGGACAUGCGCAGUAACUUCACUGUAUGUAUAACGUGCUCAUAGAACUCCAGCAAAGAUGUGGAAUGUAAAAUUGAGGUAUUAAUAGGAUGGAACAUUUUGUGGUGUAAGUAUUUCAUUGAUAUGUUCAUAAAAAAAAAUGGUAGCAUUAAUUUAGACAUUCCUAUGUGACUGGUUGUUUUGAAAAAUACUGAAAUUCAGUCCAUUAUGCUACAGGGUCAAAAAUGUUGAUUUGUUUAUCCAAUAACAUUUCUUCCACUUAUCUCUGGAAAAUAAAGUUUCUUCUGAGUUCCUUGUUUCAUUUUAAGAGUUCAACUAGUUAAUGCCUCUUGGUGUUGGAUGUGCUACGUUAUUCUCAGAAAAAGCCAUUUUCCCCUUCAGGCAGUGGAGUUGGAUCUUGAUGUUCUCUCUAUUUAAAAAAAAAAAAAAAAAAAAAAAAAAAAGUUGCAUUUUAUUUGAAGCUUUUCUCCUGUAUGUCAUUGUGCCAGUGUUAGACCCUAGAUAUUUUUUUCUACUGGCUUUGAGCAGGCUUCUUCAGCCACAUAAUAAAUAUUUAAAAGCCCUA